CGCCUCCGGAAGCCGACGGGCCGGCAGGAAGUGACGACGCCGGGACGUCCGGGUCCGCUCGGCCACCGGCUCCCGCGCGGCCGCUGACCGCGGGAAGACACGGAGCGCGCCGCGCGGCCGCGAGAGCCCUGGCCGCCAGCAGCGAACAAACCUUCAGUGUUUCGGAAGGUGGAGAGAAAGAAAAUCCCGUUUAUUUAUGCAGUGCGUUUUGUUGUGAAGAACUCUAGGAAUUGUGUAAGUCCAAUACAAGGGAGGAACUUGCUGUUUAAGGAAAAAUUCAAUUAACUUCUCAAACACAGCCCCAUGGCUGGAGCUUAUGGAGUGAUGGGUGAUGAUGGUUCUAUUGAUUACACUGUUCACGAAGCCUGGAAUGAAGCCACCAAUGUCUACUUGAUAGUGAUCCUUGUAAGCUUCGGUCUCUUCAUGUAUGCCAAGAGGAAUAAAAGGAAAAUUAUGAGGAUAUUCAGCGUGCCACCUACGGAAGAAACUUUGUCAGAGCCCAACUUUUAUGACACAAUAAGCAAAAUUCGUUUAAGACAACAAUUGGAAAUGUAUUCCAUUUCAAGGAAGUAUGACUAUCAGCAGCCACAAAACCAAGCUGACAGUGUGCAACUCUCAUUGGAAUGAAACCUCAGAAAAUGAGCAACAUAAGUAACUAUUCUAAAACAGCUCAGUAGCAAGUUCCUAAUUUUUUCCACCAAAUCGUGACUAGCAUUUUAAAAAAACCUUCUGUCUGCAUAAAAUUAAUUUACUUGUAACUUUUCCCCAGUCUUUUUGUGUGUUAUGUUUUGCUUUUUUUAAAUUGCAUCUCCAAGUCAUCUGUUACACAAAUGUAAAUGGCUCUGAAGGCCUGAACAGAGAGAGUCAGGCACAUACCCAGGAAGAUACGAUGUAACCAGAGAUGGUCAAUUGGCCUUGUGAAGACCUUUGAUUUCUUCAGGAUACAAUCAGUCAGAAAUAAAAACACAUCUUUGGAAGCUAGAAUCCUGGAGCUACACCACUUUGAUUAGAACAUUUUUGCAAAAUUAUAAAUAAUAAAAAUCCAGCCAUUGGAAUAACUUCUAAUAACUUAGAUUAUAUUCUGUGAUAGAUGUUAUAUAGUAACAGAUUAAUUUGUGUUAUUACUGUUAAGGACUCUAAUUGAAUUAAUGAUUGAGUCUUCAGAAUUUGUUUGGUAGACUGUCUGACUUUCUACAUCAUGAAGUAUACCCGUCUGCUAAUUUUAGAAGCUUUCUGUAACUGGAUUUUUCCCCCUUAAUUGUGUUCCCCAGAAUUUGUUUGCUUUUUUUUAAAUCCCCCAGUUUCAUUUCUACCGUAUGGGUCUUCUUUAGGCCACACUGGGGCCAUGCUGUUGAAUAAAGGGACACCUCUGUAUUGGUGCUG